GCAGCUCACUCGUGGGAGUGGAGCGGCAAGAGUCUGGGAUGCUGAGAGCUGCUGCAGGAAGCAAGUCCCCUCUCUGCCGUCUCACCCAGGGCUCAAGCUUUAAGGGUGGAGGCAGAAAUGAGUCCUACUGCUUGCAACUAAGUCUUGAACGCUGGCCUGAGUGAGCUCCCUAUGCAGACGGGAAGAGAGGUUGGGCCAAAGCCGCAAGUGCGGGGAGCCUCUGCUGAGUCAUCUCUGGAAGCUAUGCCCCAGACAUCUGUGGUCUUCUCCAGCAUCCUUGGGCCCAACUGUAACAGACAGGUGCCGCCCGGCAUGGGGGAAAGAGGAGGUGGGGCCAGCAGCGGCUCCAGGGACCUCAUCUUCCAAGAUGGCCGCCUCACUUCUGGGUCCUUGGAGGCCUUGAUGGAGCACCUGGUCCCAACGGUGGACUACUAUCCUGAUAGGACAUACAUCUUCACAUUUCUCCUGAGUUCCCGGGUCUUCAUGCCCCCUCAUGACCUUCUGGCUCGAGUAGGGCAGAUCUGCUUGGAGCAGAGGCAACAGCUAGAGGCUGGGCCUGAGAAGGCCAAGCUGAAGUCCUUCUCUACCAAGAUUGUGCAGCUGUUGAAGGAGUGGACGGAGGCCUUCCCUUAUGACUUCCAGGACGAGAAGGCCAUGGCAGAGCUGAAGGCCAUCGCGCACCGUGUCACUCAGUGUGAUGAGGAGAAUGGCACAGUGAAGAAAGCCAUUGCCCAGAUGAUACAAAGCUUGCUGCUGUCCCUGGCUGCCCGGAGUCAGCUCCAGGAGCUUCGGGAGAAGCUCCGGUCACCGGUUGUGGACAAAGGGCCUGUCCUCAAGGCCAAGCCACCAGCCGCCCAGAAAGACAUCCUGGGUGUGUGCAGUGACCCCCUGGUGUUGGCCCAGCAGCUGACGCACGUCGAACUGGAGAGGGUCAACAGCAUUCGCCCUGAGGACCUGAUGCAGAUCAUUAGCCACAUGGACUCCUUGGACAAUCACAGGUGCCGAGGAGACAUGACUAAGACGUACAGUCUCGAAGCCUAUGACAACUGGUUCAACUGCUUGAGCAUGCUCGUGGCUACAGAGGUGUGCCGGGUGGUAAAGAAGAAACACCGGACCCGCAUGCUGGAGUUCUUCAUUGACGUGGCCCGGGAGUGCUUUAACAUCGGGAACUUCAACUCCAUGAUGGCCAUCAUAUCUGGCAUGAACCUCAGUCCAGUGGCACGGCUGAAGAAAACAUGGUCCAAAGUCAAGACAGCCAAGUUUGAUGUCUUGGAGCAUCACAUGGACCCCUCCAGCAACUUCUGCAACUACCGCACAGCCCUGCAGGGGGCAACACAGAGGUCCCAGACGGCCAACAGCAGUCGCGAGAAGAUAGUCAUCCCUGUGUUCAACCUCUUCGUUAAGGACAUCUACUUCCUGCACAAAAUCCACACCAACCACCUGCCCAAUGGGCACAUUAACUUCAAAAAAUUUUGGGAAAUUUCCAGACAGAUCCACGAGUUCAUGACAUGGACACAGGUAGAGUGUCCCUUCGAGAAGGACAAGAAGAUUCAGAGUUACCUGCUCACAGCUCCCAUCUACAGCGAGGAAGCUCUCUUCAUCGCCUCCUUUGAAAGCGAAGGUCCCGAGAACCACAUGGAGAAGGACAGCUGGAAGGCGCUCAGGACCACUCUUCUUAACAGAGCCUGAGGAUGCAGCCUCAGAUGCCGGAGGGAGCGCACAAUACGCAUCGCGUUUCAACUGUGGCAGAUGCGGGAUGAGAGAGGAGGAGGCCUCACUGGUUGGGGUCCAUUUUGUAUAUAACUUUUAUGAAAAAGAAAAUGGUAAUUAUUUCAUGCAUCAGCCUUUGGCACUUACAAAGUUUUUUUCCUUUCUUUCUUUCCUUCUUUCUUUCUGUUGUCGUUGUUAUUUAUUUUAAACAGGGCAGGGCCCUGUUUUGGGGAGGGGCGGGAAAGAGUAUCAUGGGAGAUGGUAACCAUGGUAACAUCUUAUUCUAAUGAAAUGUAGAUUUUUAUUUUCUACUUUUGAUGAUUAACAUCCUAUGAAAAAAAAUUUAAAAUAACCCAACCAAAACCAAUAUGAGCCCUGCCUGCUCGGACGCCUCUCCAGCCAGUGUCUCUGAUGUUGGGGUUAGUGCCUUAGAGGGUACUGGGGGUCCAGUCUUCCUGUUCCAUUGUUGGAGCUGAAGCCAACUCUGUCCUGUGCCGCAAGGAGCCCACCCUCAGCAGCCUGGGCCACCAGGUUCCCACAGGAAGGGCUGGAGUGGCCAGGAGGUCUCGAGUGCACACUUCCGGAAGGGAACCUUUACAUACGGGCUUUCCAAAGUUUACAUUUUCAUUUUCCUUUAUCAGGGAUUUAUGGGGUUGGGAGGGGCAGGGGGAUGCCUGACAGCAUAUUUUCCGUGAGAAUAUGUUUGGGAAAAUUGUUCUUCAACUGUGUUUUAGAAGAGAGAGAGAGAGAGAGAAAAAAAAAAUCUAAGACAAUAUAGCGAGGGCAUUGUAACAUCAUCAGCCUCACCUGAGCUGAGGUGCUUUGGGGAAGGCCAUGCAGAGCAGACCUGAGGAUGGAAAGGCUGUAUCUGAAGUUGGCCCACAAAGGGAAGGAAAAGCAAAAUGGGGCGUGUGGUAGACAGCCUCCCCUCCCUCUGGUAGGAGGGCCCCCCCCAUGGGUAAUCUGGAGCUCAGACAAUUCGCCAGGCAGCCCCCACCUCUGGAGCACUUCCAGAUGACAAAGUCCAACACAGAGCAGGCUGUUUCUGAUCCAAACGGGGGAGCGUGGUUCAUCUGUCAUGUCCGACUCCCUGGCGUGAACCCCGCAUCUUCCUGACUGUGGGUGGGAUGGCUCUGUCCCUCAGACAGCUGGAGGUAUCUACACUGAUUUGCUUGGCUUGGGUGGGAGCUGCCUGUCAAGAGGCCCGGUAUGGACUGGUCGGUCCCGUUCCCAGAGCCCCUGUGGACAGCCGGGAGAUGGCCGGCCAAGCCAAAGGGAGGUAGGCUCGGUGUCCACCCUCAGCCUUGGGCUGUAGUUACACUGUAUUGUCACAGUGUGUUUGCACUUUUCAGACCGUCUAGCUACUACAGAUUGUAUAUUGAUAGUACAUAUCGAUUUGUUUAUGUCUUUGAGAUAAAGGCGGGAAACUUGAGAAUAUAUAUUUGGAAUAUAAUGUUAGAACAUUUUCUGUACAUGUGUUAAGAGCCUUCAAGUCCAUGUGUGCUUCAGGGGUCACCGGUUCUAGUAUCUUCUUGAGAAAGUGUCUACAUUGCAAUUUUACUGCCCCACUUUGAUACACCCUACAUUUGCUGUUUUGGUAUUUGGAGUUGAUCUCUGAGUAUAAAGCUGUACCAUAUGCAGGAUGUCAGUUGUGGUGUGACUGGAUGUACUUGCAUCAAUAAAAGAACAUGUUGCUCUUC